GGCCAACGAACUCGGAGCUCUUCUCUUGCGAACUCUGUGAGGCUCGAACCCUAGGCCCUUGCCGUGGAACCAAAUCCACGGCCACCAGGCUGUCUCAGUGCCCAAAGCCCGGGGAAGGUGAGGGAUCUGGGAUCCAAUGGCGAAGCUUUACUUCCGGUAUGGAGCAAUGAGCUCUUCGAAGACCAUGAACUUGCUAGCCAUCGCACACUCCUACGAGAUGCAGUCAAAGAAGGUUUUGGUCAUGAAGCCCAAGCUGGAUGUGCGCUUUGGCUCUGCUUGCGUCCAGAGCCGCGCUGGCCUGGAGCGCGAGGCCGACUUGCUUCUGACCUCCGACACCAAGCUCUCAGCGGACAUGCUCGCUGGCGUGAGCUGCAUUCUCGUGGAUGAGGCGCAAUUCCUGGCACCCCACGUGAUCGAGCAGCUGCGGGACGUGUCCGCGCAGCAAGGGGUGCCGGUCAUGUGCUUCGGCCUGCGCACGGAUUUCCGGUCGCGACUCUUCCCGGGGUCUCAGCGCCUCAUGGAACUUGCGGACUCCAUCGAGGAGGUGAAGACCACCUGUGCUUUUUGCAGCAGGAAGGCCACGAUGAACUUGAGGAGUGUUGAUGGCAAGGGGACGAUGGACGGCCCAACGAUUUGCCUUGGAGCAGAGGAGCUGUACAUGCCCACCUGCUACAGCCACUUCUGCGAGAAGAUCGCGGAGGGCACCGGGAAGCCCGUUGACUUCUCGGAGCCGGAGAUCGUGAAAGCAGAAGGCAAGAUGCUGGAGAGUGGGACACCAGACCGGAGGCUGGUCCUGGCGGAGCCGGAGGACGAGAGGUCGCCCGAGAGGUGAGGCACGCGCGGGGACUUGUUUGGUGGCAUUGCCGGGGCAGCAAUGUCAGAUUUGCGGGAGGCUGCGCAAGGCAUGCCGAGCCUGUGAAUCUCAAGAAGG